GACAAAGUAGGCGACGUUAUAUAUUUUUGCUAGUUGGAUAGAAUAGGCGGAAAGGUCGAUUGGAAUUAGGGUUUUUAAAUUUUACUUAUGCGCAACGUACAACUGAAUAUGAAUUAAAUAAGGAUACUAAUUAAAUUUCAGUAUGCCUGUCGCAGUACGUCCUCUACCUCCAGAGUUGGCGGAGAAAGCCAAAAUAGAACUGUUCGAAGACCCAAAGAAGCUUGAAGACAGCAUACAGCAUCUUAAAGAAUGGAUCGCUAAACAACCGCAUUUGAAAGCUAGAACAGAGGAUCAAUGGCUGACUGCGUUUCUCCGAGGAAGCAAGUUCAGCUUGGAACGAGCGAAAGAGAAACUCGACCUUUACUAUUCGCUAAAAUCUCUUAUACCCGAAUUUCAGUUGAUUAACCAUAGACAUCCUAAGUUCAUGGAAAUCCUUAAGAAGGGAAUAUUGUUAUCCUUCCCAAAGUCAAAGAAUUUGACGGAUCCUAGAGUACUGAUAUUCAGAGUUGCGGCCUUUUCUCCUGCUCAGUUUACCAUGCCUGAAAUUAUGUGCGUUGGAAACACUUUGCAAAAGAUAAUGUACAUGGAAGACGAUAUUUUUACAGUGAACGGUGUUGUGAACAUAAUGGAUAUGAAGGGUGCAAGUAUAUCUCAUUUUAGUCAUAUGACACCUUUGUUGGCGAAAAAAAUGAUAGUUGCUACUCAGGAUGCAGCACCUAUGAGGAUGAAAGCAGUUCAUUAUUUUCAUAUGCCUUCGUCUGUCGAGACCAUUUUCAACCUUAUGAAAUCGCUGCUUAAUGAAAAAAACAGGAAUCGAUUGCAUGUUCAUGGGAAAGAUUUCGAGCCGCUGUACGAGCACGUAUCGAAAGAUAUCCUACCUGUAGAGUAUGGAGGAAAUGGAGGCACUAUACAAGAAAUAACCGAUUACUGGGUAAAGAAAAUAGAAGAAUACAGAGAAUGGCUGGAUGAAGAAGAAAAAUACGGCACUGACGAAUCUAAGAGGCCAGGAAAGCCGAAGACAAGUGAAGAUAUGUUUGGCGUUGAAGGAUCUUUCAGACAGCUCCAGGUGGAUUAGCUAAUACCGCCUGUGGAGUUUUACUUAUAUUUUUAAUAAACGUUUCAGAAAUAGCUUUCUAUUUUUUUCUGUUCAGUACACUUGUGACAUAUUAAUAUUACGUGAGGCG